GGUAACACCCCAAAGCUGUUCACCUCCACUCAUAACACCACAUCCAACAGCACAUCAGAGCCUCCGAUGGUGUCACCAACUGUGAAUUACAGCACUGCAUAUAUUCCAGCCAGCACCCAAAGCAAGCCAACCUCAUCAAAUGAGACAUCACCCACAACAGCCAGCCAGCACAUAAAUGAUGGGGCAUUAGCUAAUGCAACAGUGACACCAUUCACUGCUGCUUCCACACCUUUGACUAAUAGCUAUACACCUGUAGUUUCACCCAUAAACGGUCAACAUGCAAGUACUUCAGAUGCCACAUCGAGAACUAUAAGCCAAACAUCUACAAGAACUAUAACCAAAGGCACCAAAAACAAAAGCACUGUAGAAUCCCACCUGGCAAGCUGCAACGUCACCCAGCUUUGCUCCAAUAACAGUGCUUACUUUUGGAUGUUCAUCAGCGUGCAAGUCAUACAAAACAUUAAAACAGAGAAAGACCUCAAGACCUUUGUGUCAGGCGUGUUUGCUUGUGACAGUAACACAGGUGAUGGAAAAACUGGUGAUUUAUGUCAAGGUGACAGACGGCUUCAGAAAAUCAAUGUAUCCUGCAGUGUAAAAAAUAACACAAGGAAUUCAAACUGCAGCAUCCUGCUGCAGCUCAGUCAUGCCAUGACCACGUGUGAACUGCAAAAUGCAGUAACAUCAGCUCUACUAAAAGCUGAUACUGAACAAAUCAAAGCACGUCUCAUCGGAUAUGUGGAGAGAGUUGCAUCUCCGAUUCAAUGUGAGGAUGCGGAGCCCUCCAGUGGUGAAUUUUUGAGGUGCACAUCUCCAUCUUCACUGGAGGACAUCUGUCAGUCCAGGAAUACCUCCAGGGUUUCAUGCGUCGUGUCAGAGCUCAGCUCCACCCCGAGGCCACAGGUCGGCACUGGACCCUGCAGACAGGAAAGGCCUGACUUCUGCAACUGCACAGCUUUCUGCAACUCUGCAAGCCGUUUCUUUAUUGUAAAAAUCAAAAUUGCGAGCAGUGAUUUUAAUGAGACGUCCCUACAAACACUGUUGUCCAACGUUAAAGAUCAGUGUGAGAAAAUGCUAAAGUCACUGUGUCAGAAGUAUAAUGAUGUUUUAAAGCAAUACAAGGCUCUUCGUCUUGAAUGUCAAAUGACUCAACAGAGGUGCAUGGUGGUCUUGGAGAUGUCUGGAGGUGUUGAUGUUUGCUCUCUUACUAACUUAAUACACCAACUCAUUGACGAGAAUGGUAACAUUACACGUGAAGGUUCACUUUCUCCCUUAGUGGUCUGUGGUGAUCCCAAACCAUCUGUCAGUGAACUGAUGACAUCCAACCUGACGUGGGUUGACAAGAAUUUGCUUCUCUCUGAUGUCUGCAAUUCUGAUGAAAGUGGAUUUAAAUGUGAGGCCAAUCAGACGCUGGCUGUGGUUUUGACUAACAUCUGUUCCGAGCCUGUUCCAACCAAUCCAGUCACACCACAAUUGUCCACUGUGGCCAGUAACAACCCCACUACAACCGCCAAAGACACAACACCAUCGACGACCAAUACCAACACCACCCAACAAACUAACACCACAUCGCAAGGAGCGCCUACUGCUGGACUUCCUCUCGUUGGGUUAAAUAGUACUGCUACUACACAACCUGCCUUCCACACAAGCUCAGGAAGCAUAACUGUAACAGCCCCAACACAAGAUAACGCAACACAAGUUGGGUUAACCGCCAUCAACUCAACACGAUCGAGCAACACAACAUCUGUUGAACACCUGACGUUACAAAUCACUACAUCUCCCCAAACUAAUUCAACACCUAACACACCAACAUCUCCAGCAAAAACAACAGUGUACAAUGCAACUAUAACCACGAGCAACAACUCUACAAUUACAACAAAUGCAACAGGUAGUGCAGUGACACUGUCACCAAACUCCACAACAGUGAAGAACAUAUCUACAACUGGCAUGAAUCUACAAACCACGACAAGUAACUCGGUGCUGAGCACAUCCCCCCAACACACAACACCUUACACUGUGACAACAGCCACUGCAGAACAGCAUAAUAGUUCAGUUACAACAUAUAACACAACAUUUAUCACAUUUACACCCUCUCCCAAUGUCACAAAUGACCACAACAUAACAAGCAUAACACAACAAUCAGUGAGUAACAUAACAUUUAACACAUCAAUGUCUCUUCCCAACAAUGUAACUACAGCUGGCACAUUCACGCUGUUUCCCAGUAACACAAUGACACACAAUAUAACCACAGUAACGCAACCAUUACAAAGCAACACAACAUUGAGCACAAUUGCACCCCAUCCUGAUAACAAAACUUUGAACAGCACCAGCAAACCACAAAAUAUUACAACUACAAGCAACACAACUGCUAGCACAUUCACAACCUCUCCCAACAACACAACAGAGGGCAUAACUAGUACUACAGUAUAUCCAAACACCACACAAUCAGUCAACAUAAGCUCUACAGUGACCAGUGAAACACAACAGAUCAUAAUUUCUUCCAACAUUACAACAUUGCCCAUCACUGCUACUCAAGUCAACAAAACUUUUUCCAAUGUGACCACAUCCCCAGAUAACUCUACUGUGGACACCAUAACAUCUGUUACACUGGUGCCAGUGACAAACCACACAACACAAGACACCACAAUGAGUGUCAUGAUUAUUACAGCAAUCAACAAUAAUGAUUCCAGUUCUAGCACACCUGCUACAAGUACAAAGCUGAGUAUCAGUCUCAGCACAACUGUACACAGUACAAAGAACAUCAGCCAAACAAGUAAAGGUCCCGCCUUUGCUUCAACAACUGCAGCAGAAGAAGAUACUUCCUCUGGGCAAACACCUGCCACUAACAAAAGUACAACGUCAAUACAUCAUCCACAUCCACCCCAGACUAAUCCUGCUACUGAUGGAAGUUUCUUGAUUACAACAACUCCUCAAAAGACAACCUCUACCAGUCAAACAGAAACAGCCAACGGCCAAACUGAACUGGAGGCACAACUGGAUGAGUUCUUGACGCUAACAGAGGACGUCUCUCGCCUGACGUCCUCUGAAAUUAAGCAGGUGGUGACGCAGUUGGAGAAGCUUCUGAAAACACCCCCGGUGUCUCAGGAAGUGGGACAAAAAAUUAUUGACAUCGUCAGCAACCUGUUGGGGGCCGACCAAUCAGUCCUCGCUUCUUCUUCUAAUCGGCUGAUUCAACUCGUAGAUGACGUGGGCCUGAAGUUGGCUGUCACAGGUAGCAGAGUCCGCAGAGAUAGUGAAGGUGGCCCAGUGGUCCUCUCUUCUAACUCACUCGUUCUGGCAGUCAAGCCAGUGGACGCCACCAACUUUCCAACGACAUCUGUCCAAAUUUUCAAUGUGGAUGAUGUUCAGAUCGAGAGCUUCGCCAGGUUACAGCGCAGGAGUGCACAUUCUCCUCUGGCUUCAGCCGUGUUGCCCUCCUCCCUCAUUGAUGGACUGAGUCCUGAGGAGCAACUGCAGGCCAGCAGGGUCCAAUUCACCUUCUAUAGCAACAAUAUCCUCUUCACGGAUGACGAAUUAAACAAUCAAACCCUUGUCAGUUCCGUGCUGAGUUGCACUGUGGCCAACCUGCCAAUACAGAAUGUGACGAAGAACAUUCACUUCACCAUCCGGAACGCCAACCCUGAAAACCAUGAGGCUUCUUGUGUGUUUUGGGACUUCAGAUUGAAUGGUGGUCGAGGAGGUUGGAGCUCUGACGGCUGCUUUGUUCUCAACACCACAAUGGAUGACACAACCUGCAGUUGUAACCACCUCACCGCCUUUGCAAUACUGUUGGAUUUAUCCAGAGGAGGAAUAGGUGAUCGGACCCAGGCUCUCAUUUUAACUUUCAUCACCUACAUCGGCUGUGGAAUAUCUGCUAUUUUUCUGUCUGUUACCUUACUGACUUACCUCUGCUUCCAAAAACUGCUUCGGGAUAUUCCUUCGAAGAUCCUGGUUCAGCUCUGUUUGUCCCUCCUCUUCCUCAACUUGAUCUUCCUAUUGGACGGUUGGCUGGCGCUCUACCCGGCCACGGGUCUGUGCAUUAGCACCGCCUUCUUCCUGCACUACUUCUUGCUCACAUCAUUUACCUGGGUGGGGCUGGAGGCCGUGCACAUGUACAUGAGCAUCGUUCAGGUGUUCACCAACUACCUCAACAGAUACAUGCUCAAGUUGUCACUGGUGGGCUGGGGUGUUCCUCUUAUUGUAGUGAUUAUUGUGAUAGCGGUGGACAAAGACAACUAUGGUCUGGUUACUUAUGGAAGAUUCAGAGAUGGCACUUCAGAUGACUUCUGCUGGCUCCGUAAUGACAUCGCCUUCUAUGUGGGCCUGGUGGCUUACUUCCUUGCCGUCUUUGCCCUGUGCCUAGUGGUCUUCAUCAUUGUUUUGGUGCAGCUGAACCGAAUUAAGAAGCAAAACCCCCAGAACCAGUCUCCUAACAGGGGGGUGAUGACUGACAUGCGCAGCAUCUGUGGCCUCGUCGUUCUGCUUGGACUCACCUGGGGCUUUGCUCUAUUCGCCUGGGGGCCUCUCUACCUGCCAUUUGUUUACCUCUUUACAAUAUUCAACUCUCUGCAAGGCUUCUUUAUCUUUGUUUUUCACUGUGCCAUUAAGAAAACCGUUCGCAGGCAGUGGAGAACACAUCUCUGCUGCGGGAAACUGUGGUUGCCUGAAAACUCAGAGUGGAGUCGCACAGCCACCCAAAAGUGCACGAAUCGGGCAACAGUCACGCCACCCACCUCUGCUCCGAACAUCACCUCCCGCAGCUUCUCCUUCACCAGCAAUGACACCAACAGCAGCGGGUCUGUGUUUGCAGACAGCGGCAUAUCUGAAGGCUCAAACAGCGACGUUGUCCUCAAUGAACUUCACCGACGCGGCAUGCCACCACAAGGCGAGCCCUGACGACAGUCAGGGCUUUAACUCUGGUCUCAUUUAUUGUAUUCAGUGUUACAAGAUUCAUUUUUAAAGGUGUAAUGAAGGAAAUGGCUCAAGGGUCACACUAGGAUUUUGGUUGUGAAUUGUCCCAUUUAUUUUCUACUCGGUAAUAGUAGCCAUUAGCAUGAAGACAGGAAGAGCUGUGGCAAUCUGAUAUUGACCUUGGUCACCCAAAUGAUUGUCCUCAGGUUGACCUUACCAGGCUCAUUCUGAAAUCUGCCUACGUGUGUGCCACAUUUGGUCCACACUGGGUUGAAAAUUAUUCUUGACCUUUACCAAAAUGAAUACUUUCAGGGCAAUUUCAGGGUUGACCAAGUAGUCCAAUAAACAGACAGACAUGACUUUGUUUCUCCCAAAUAACUGACCUUUGGCAAAUUUGCCCUCACUUAGGCAAUUAUGGCACUCAUCUCCAUUUAAGAUAAGAUCAACUUUAUUUAUCCUGAAGGAAAUCAUUUUGCCAGAGUACAGAAACAGUAAACAGUGAACAAUGUUUUUUUUUACAGUAAGUACAACAAAUUUACUCUGAAUAACUGAAU